UCCUGAAAUCGAGAUGAAAAUCUCAAUCGUUUUUAUGUUAAUAUACGUCAUCGCUUCAUCCUGGUGUCAAGAUGAAACAGUGUUUCAUUGCUCUCCAAAGCCGGGUUGCCAGAUUGCACAAUGUGAUUCGGUUGCUGUAGGAUGGGACAGACCAGGUUUCAACAUUGAUAAACACCUGCAUGACAAAGAGUUUCCGAUUACGUGCAAAUCUAUGAAUAACACGGGAUCAAAGAAUUCUGGCAACUUGCUUCCUGUCGUAACUAGAAAUAUUUUAGAUAUAAGAAAUAUCAGAUCAGAGUUAGAAGAAUCAAAAGAUGACCUUGCUAGAGCAAAUUCUGAAAUCCGAGAGCAUCGUAGCGAAAUUGCGGAACAAUCAAACAAAAUAAAAGAUUUUCGAAAUAACGCUCUUCAGCAAUCUCGCCAAAUUGAAACUCUACUGAAAAAAAACAAAGAGCAAAACUCUGUGGUCAAUGAAUUGAAAAAAGAAUUGAUCGAAGUUCAAGAAAGAAAUGAUAAGUUGGAGAAAGAAUUGAUUGAACAAAAUAAAACAAAUAAUGCGAUGAAAAAAGAAAUGGAUCGAAUCGAACAAAAACUCACUGCAAUGGAGGAGCUUCAACAGGUUCAAUCUGGAAAUCAACAGAUUUCAAUGACAACAAACAAAACAACAUUGAAACCGACUCCUUCCCCAGAAUACUGCAAAUUGAAGAUUGGAAAUAUCUGUUAUUCUGCUGUGGUACGAGUUGAAAAUGAUGUCAGCUACGACAAAGCAGUUGAUAUUUGUAAGAAACGUAAUGCAGAUGUUGGUUUGAUUCGAGAAGAAGUGUCUUACAAUGCGAUUAUAGAUUUCCUGAGACGGAAUAUUCCAAAAGGUUAUACGGGGAUGCCAAUAAGGACAGGAAUCCGCUUUGAUCCAAUGACACAUGACGUCGCACCCGAAGAUUCAUUCAUAAAAUGGAGUCAAAGUUUUCCACGCACUGGAAUUGAAUAUACAGAUCUCACGGAUGUUUCUCUCGUAGUUCAUUUCAACGCGAAAGUGCAAGGAAUGAUCAAUGUUCGUCGUGUCUCGGAGACUCAUGGAGUUCUUUGUGAGAUCCAGAUCUAAUGAAACAUCUGUCUCGUUGCAUUCUGUCCCCAGGUUAUAUUGUAUUAGUAAAAUAGAACUCAUUGAAUAUUGGUUUAAAAUUUAUACAAUUGACAUUUCACUUAGAUUGAAUUGUUGUCAACAAUUUAUUGAGAGUCAGUUUAAAAAUAUUAAACAUUUGUCUGUUUGAUUUUUUUGCCGUUUUCGAUCGA